GUCAGCCUUACAGGAUUCAAUUAGUGUUCUUCAUCUUGAUGAUGAAGAUUAUGUUUGGCGUUCUAUCAGAAAUCCAUUUCUUUGCAGUUGGUCUUAAAGAAAUCCACGUGAGCUUCACUCCCCCAUCUGCAAAUCUGCCACAAAAGGGGCAGCCAAAGUGAUUGCAUCGAUUACACUCCUUGAUUUAUCGUUCCAUUUGCUUUUGUUCUCAUCUCCUUGUCACCCAUGGAAGCAAUCAUUCCGCCAUGGCUCCCCAGCUCAUUUCCUCAUUGAUUGCAUAAUCAAAACAAGAAAUUGCAGUAGCAAAGCUGCAAAAAGGAGCCAAUUCCGUUCCAAAAUCUUCUCUCUUCCCAAAAUAUUCUAUUUCUGGAGGAAGAAAGAAAAAGGAAAGAAAGAACCCAAACGGCUACUUUUAAGACUCUUUACUCCAAGAACGAAGAAUACAUGGGAAGAGAAGAGAAGAAGCAGUGGGGAGAGUUAGCACAGUAGUAGUAGUAGAAGAGGAAGAGGGUGGGGAGGAGAAGGGGAAGAAGAAAGGAUGGAUUUUAGCUCCUUCGUCACGUCCCUGGGGACGUCCCUCGUCAUCUUCGCGCUGCUUAUGCUUGCGUUCACGUGGCUGCAGAGGAAGCCCGGCAACGCGGUCAUCUACUACCCCGGUCGCAUCCUGAGGGGUUUGGAUCCCCUGGAAGGGCGGACACGGACGAGGAACCCCUUGGCUUGGAUCAAGGAGGCCGUGGGAGCGUCCGAGGCCGACGUCGUCGCCGCCGCCGGCGUCGACGCCGCCGUGUACCUUGUGUUCCUCAGCUCUGUUUUAGCCAUAUUGGUCUUCUCCGGAAUUAUUCUGCUUCCAGUUCUUCUUCCGGUUGCUGCAACUGAUAAUGGUGCACAAUCUACUACCGACAGCAACAGCGGUGGGACCUUCAAGAACCUUGACAAGUUGGCGAUGGGGAAUGUCCAAGAGAAAAGUCCAAGGUUGUGGGCAUUUCUGCUUGGAGUCCAUUGGGUUUCUUUUGUCACAUACUACGUGCUUUGGAAAUCAUACAAACAUGUCUUAAAUAUGAGAGCUGGGGCAAAAUCAAGUCCAGAAGUAAAACCUGAAGAGUUUACCGUAUUAGUCAGAGACAUACCAGCAGCUCCUCCAGGUCAAUCUAUGAAGGAUCAUGUUGACUCAUACUUUCAAGCACUUCAUCCAGAAACAUUCUACAGAUCAAUGAUUGUCACAGAUAACAAAAAGGCAAACAAAAUUUGGGAAGAGUUAGAAGGUUACAGAAAGAAACUUGCUCGGGCUGAAGUUGUGUAUGCAGAAUCUAAAACUACAGGCAAACCUGAAGGUGAAAGGCCCACCAACAGAAUUGGCUUUCUCGGUCUUGUAGGUGAAAAAGUCGAUACGAUUGAUCACUGUAAUGAGAAAAUUAAUGAAUUGCUGCCUAAAUUAGAGGCUGAACAGGAGAUCACUCUAAGAGAAAAACAAAAAGCUGCAGCUCUUGUUUUUUUUAACAGCAAACCUGCUGCUAUUUCUGCUGCUCAGACAAUCCAUUCUCAAAAGAUUGAUACAUGGACCGUGAUGGAAGCUCCUGAGCCACGUCAGGUGUUAUGGACAAAUUUGCCAAGGAAGUUCUAUGAGAGGCAGAUAAGAUCUUGUGUUGUCUAUGGUAUAGUUUUCCUUACUGUAUUCUUCUACAUGAUCCCAAUUACGUUUGUCUCUGCAUUUACAACCUUGAAAAACUUAAAGAAGUAUCUGCCCUUCUUGAAGAAAAUAGUGGAUCAACCAGAGAUUAAAACAGUUUUGGAAGCUUUCCUGCCUCAGAUUGCACUCCUAGUAUUCAUGGCUUUGUUGCCGACUUUCCUUAUGUUUCUAUCAAAGGAAGAAGGAAUCCCUUCUGAGAGCCAUGCAGUGCGAGCCGCCUCUGGGAAAUACUUUUACUUUGUUGUCUUUAAUGUCUUCCUUGGAGUAACUAUUGGUGGAGCAUUGUUCGACUCUCUGAAGACAAUUAUUAAUCACCCCACACAGGUUAUCACGUUGCUUGGAUCAAGCUUGCCUAAAAGUGCCACCUUCUUCCUCACCUUUGUUGCUCUGAAAUUCUUUGUUGGCUAUGGGCUUGAGUUAUCACGCUUGGUUCCUCUCAUUAUCUUCCAUCUCAAAAAGAGAUUUCUUUGUAAAACUGAAGCCGAAGUGAAAGAGGCUUGGGCUCCUGGUGACUUCGGUUAUGCUACUAGAGUUCCCAGUGAUAUGCUUAUCAUCACAAUUGUUCUCUGUUACUCGGUAAUAGCUCCUAUUAUAAUUCCAUUUGGUGUGGUAUACUUUGGCCUCGGGUGGCUUGUUGCACGUAAUCAGGCAUUGAAAGUUUAUGUCCCUAACUAUGAGAGCAAUGGUCGGAUGUGGCCUCACUUGCAUGCACGGAUUAUCGCUUCUCUAAUCCUCUACCAGAUCACCAUGUUUGGCUAUAUUGGCAUUUUGAGGAAAUUCUACUAUGCUCCGUUUCUUAUUCCUGUCAUUGUCAUCUCCUUUGUCUUUGCUUAUGUAUGCAAAAAACAUUUCUAUCUUGCCUUCUUCCACACUCCUCUUGAAGUAGCAUGCCGAGGAACAAAGGAAAUCCCAAAUAUGGAAUCCAUAUAUACAGCUUAUAUUCCACCUUGCUUGGGUACUGAGAAGCUGGAGGAUGAUGACCAGUUUGAAGAUGCCCGCUCAUUUUCAUUGAAAACCGCACCUUAGAGAAUACUUCACCAGGAAAUCUCUGCCGCCUUGAGGGAACAGAAUUCUCAUGAUACAAACCAGUCUGGAUCAGCUGGAAAGUGCAUCCCUUCGGUGUACAUGCCAUUGUGGUUGCGUAUUCUGUUUGUAGACAUCUUCUCCAUGACUUUGAAUUGAUUGCAGUAGUGAGUGAUGCUUUCUUCUUUUUCUUUUCCUUUCUUUGUCUUUAGACAUCGUCGAUAAAAUUAACCUUGGUUUGUUACAAUUUGAUCUGUUGUCAGUAGAAGUUUCUAUGAAAUCUGCAUGUCUAGCUUAUAAAUUAA